UGCGUUCUGGGGACAGUCAUUCGUGGCCGAGUUAUCUCGAUAGCGGAUGAAGAUGAAUUUUUUUUCCCCCUCUCUCUCUUUCUUUUUUUGCAUUGAUAGCGUGCGGGUCUUUUAUGUGUUUGGCGGCAUCAAGCGACGAUUCAAUCAGUAGGCCACGAGUUCACGAAUACAAUUGGCAGCCUGCAUGGUUUACAGGUACGUGGCGGAAAAGUGUACAAGCCGAUGGCGUUCCACUAGUCAGAUGAGUACGCGCAAGCCUCGUAGGCAGAUUGGGAGGUUGAUGGAUGUUCGUAUCUUGCAUGCAGAUACGCAGGUAGAUAUACGAGUGCAGAAGAUCAAAGCGUAGGGCUGUUCUGUACAAGUAGCAAGGUACAUACGUACUCUGGACACUGGGCUCCAUGAGUGAUACAAGUACAUACUUGUCAGCAUCUGAAAUGCAGGCCAAUGAUAGCCAAGCUCAAAUAAGGAUUAUUAACGCCCUGUUCUAUGCCGGUAUUGACUAUGCUCUAUCCAUACUCGUAUACGAAAAAUCCUAUAACGCCCAACAGUCUACCCAACGAUGACGAAUCACACCCCUUC